CUUUGAUCCUUAACAGUUCCGCUGUGUAGCGAGCACGAGGCAGUGCUGCUUGUUCACUAAGCGGUCUGAGUUCUUCAGCUGUUUAGGAGACAAAACCACUUUUAUUCAUACUGAAUCUUUUAAAUGAAUAUCCUGAGAGUCAAGAAAGUCCAAUCUACAGGAAAAACGGGGAGCUGGACAUUACGCAUCUUCUAGUAACUCUUCUAGCUGAUUCCAUGAAACGGCGACAAAAGAGGAAACACUUGGAAAAUGAAGAGUCCCACAAAACCUCUGAGAAGGGAGAAGGAAUGUCAAAGUCUGAAAAGGAUGUCCUGCAGUCUGGAUCCAGUGGAGUGGCCAAAGGCUGGAGCCAAGGGGUAGGAGAAGUCUCCUCUACCUCCGAAUACUUCUCCUGCAUUUCUUCUUCAUGCAACCUCAUCUAUGGUGGAAUCCAGAGAAUACAUCAAGACGGCCUCCAGCCUCAAUCACCCGUAGCCCAAGUUCAGGAACGAAGAGAGACUUCUCCCUGCUCACAACAUGUCUUUUUGUUGCCCCAUUCGUCCUAUAAGACCUGUGUGUCCUCUCUGUGUGUAAACAAAGAGGAAAGGGGCAUGAAAAUAUACUAUAUGCAGGUACAAGUGAAAAAUGGUGUAGCUGUCUCCUGGGAGACAGAGGAAACUUCAGAGUCCUUAGAAAAGCAGCCAAGGAUGGAAGAAAUGACUCUUCCUGAGGUUGUGCGGGUAGGUACUCCGCCCUCGGAUGUAUCCACCAGAAACCUCCUUUCUGACAGUGAGCCCAGUGGGGAGGAGAAAGAGCAUGAGGAGAGGAAAGAGUCAGACAGCCUGCCAGCCUCACCAGCUGUUGAGGAGAGACCCAGGGCCAAGACACCUGACUGGCUGGUGACCAUGGAGAACGGCUUCAGGUGCAUGGCCUGCUGCCGGGUGUUCGCCACCAUGGAAGCCCUCCAGGAGCAUGUGCAGUAUGGGAUCAGGGAGGGCUUUAGCUGCCACGUCUUUCAUCUCACCAUGGCUCAGCUGACAGGCAACAUGGAAUCAGAGAGCGCCCAAGAGGAGGAGGAGGAAGAGGAUGACCAUAAGGAGGAGGAGGAGGAGGAAGAGAAGCCAGAAGAAAAGAAGGAGGAGGAGCAGCCCUCAGGGGAAGACCGUGGCCUGAGGAGAUCCUGGAGCCAAUGUCCAGGCUGGGUGUUUCAUUCUCCAAAGGACAUUCCAAAGGACAGGAACAGCUGAGACUUAUGGGUCAGAAGACACUGGAAGAUGGUGUGGCCUUCUCUAGCAAGAGGGAGAAGAAAGACCCAUGGAGAUAGUAGCAGACAGACUGCCCAAGAUGGAGUUUUGCUUUUGUUUCCCAGGUUGGAGUGCAAUGGCGUGAUCUUGGCUCACUGCAACCUCUGCCUCCUGAGUUCAAGUGAUUCUCCUGCCUCAGCCUCCUAAGUACCUGGGAUUACAGGCAUGCACCACCACACCCAGCUAAUUUUGUAUUUUUUUAGUAGAGAUGAGUUUUCACCAUGUUGGUUAGGCUGGUCUUGAACUCCUGAGUUCAAGGGAUCCAUCCGCCUCGGCCUCCCAAAGUGGUGGGAUUACAGGCAUAAGCCACCGCACCCAGCCCUAUUCAUUAUUUUCAUCUGUCUCUCUAGUGGUUUGUGAAUGAAGUUUUAUACGAGCACUGAAGAUAUCUACCAGCCUUUUCCAGAGGCAGCAAUACCUAAGCUCCUGGGAUUGAUUAGGCUUCUGUGUCACAAUUUUUCCAAGGCUAGAUACCACAUUUCACAUGGGACCAUGACAAACUCUGCUCCAUACCUAUGUUUUCAUCAUCCAGCUUUGUUAAGCUUCGCAGUUUUCUAUGUUUGCUUCAGUUGGCUUCAAAGUAAAAAUGAUUACAAAUACAGUCAUAGUCCCCUGUUCCAUUGCCUUACAUAUGAAUUUUGAGUAUUUUU